GACCACCGGUGUUGACGGGGCAGAGGGAACACUUCUUCCCGUGGCUAUAAAUGACGAGAACCAAAAGCCACAGACACAACUCGCAUGGAGAUAGAAAUUGCAGCGGUUAUUUUAGUGUCUUUUCUGUGGGGUUUAUGGGUGUGGCGCCGCCGUGGAGCGGCAGCGCUGGGUGAGCAGCUUCCACCAGGGCCACCGCGUUGGCCAGUGGUCGGAAACUUGCUCCAACUCAGUUUUUCCGCUCACGAAUCCUUCACAAAACUCGCCGCUAAGUACGGCCCAAUCAUGACCCUCCAACUCGGGUCCAUGAAAACAGUGGUCGUCUCAUCGAGCACCAUAGCACGAGAGAUGUUCAAAAACCACGACGCGCCGCUGUCGGGGCGUAUGAUUUACGAGGCAAUGAAAGGGGACCACGGCACAGAAGGUUCCCUAAUCACCUCCCAAUACGGAUCCCACUGGCGAAUGCUGAGGCGAUUAGCAACGAGCGAAUUCUUCGUCACUCGCCGGCUCGAUGCCAUGCAACACGUCCGCCGACGUUGCGUCGAUGCCAUGGUCCAAUAUGUGGAAGAUGAAAUAAAGGGAAGCGCGUAUUGGUACGCGCCGCCGAUGGACGUGGGGAAAUUCUUCUUUAUAAUGAGCUUUAAUUUAAUCGGGAACCUAAUAUUUUCGAAAGAUCUAGUGGGGCCCAAUUCGAAGAGGGGGAAGGAAUUCUAUUACCACACGAGAAGGGUGAUGGAGACGGCCGGAACGCCGAAUGUGGCGGACUUUCUACGGGUAUUCCGGUGGUUCGACCCGCAGGGGAUUAGGAGAACGACGCAGUUUCAUGUGAAGGAGGCGUUUGAAAUCGCCGGCGAGUUCAUAAAAGAAAGAUCCAUGGAGAAAGAGAAAAAAGAAGAAAGAAAAAAGGAUUAUUUGGAUGUGCUUUUGGAGUUCCAUGGCGAUGGCGUUGUGGAGCCCUCCCGUUUCUCUUCUUGGAUCAUCAACGUUAUCGUCCUGGAGAUGUUCACGGCGGGGACGGACACCACCACUAGUUCACUAGAAUGGGCAAUGGCGGAGCUCCUCCGCAACCCGGCAGCGAUGCAAAAACUUCAGGCGGAGCUACGAUCCACCAUACCGCCAGAUGGCAAACUCGAAGAAACCCAUCUGCAAAACCUCCCAUAUCUUGAUGCCGUCGUCAAAGAAACCCUCCGCCUCCACCCACCGCUGCCGUUUCUUUUCCCGAGAAUGGCAAUGAAGCCCUGUAAAAUCCUUGGCUACUGGAUUCCGGCCGAAACCCAAGUCUUGGUCAACGUUUGGGCCAUUGGCCGUGACCCCAAAAACUGGAAAGACGCCUUGGUUUUCUCGCCGGAGAGAUUCUUGGAGCCGACCGGCAGCAAGGAUUUUAGAGGUCAACACUUUGACUUCCUUCCGUUUGGCUCUGGCCGCCGCAUGUGCCCGGCGGUGCCACUGGCAUCAAGGGUUCUUCCAAUGGCUCUGGGGUCGUUGAUUCUGCGGUUUGAUUGGGCUCUGCCGGAGGGACUUUUGCCGGAGGAGAUGGACAUGUCGGAGCAAAUGGGAAUUACUCUGAAAAAGAAAGUUCCUUUGAAGGCCAUUCCGAUUCCUCAUAAACGUCGUUUCGUGUAAAAAUCAGUAAAAAAUAAAAUAUUGUUUUCAUAUAAAUAAAUUUCACCACAAUUUAGUUUCUAAA